GAGAGGGAGGCGCGAGUGGUGAGUGAGGAACCAAAAACCAGAGGAAAAAAAAACGAUGGCGGAUUGGGGCCCAGUUUUUGUGGCUGUGGUUCUCUUUCUUCUUCUAUCUCCCGGCCUUCUCUUCCAGGUCCCCGGCCACCAUCAAUUCGUCGAGUUCGGCAACUUCCAUACCAGCGGUGCCUCCAUUUUCAUCCAUUCUCUCAUCUUCUUCGCCCUCCUCUGCCUCUUCACCUUCGUCGUUCAGCUUCACAUCUACAUCUGAUCGCUCUUAAUCGCAAUCGCAAUCGCAAUCGGACCGCGAUUUUUCACCUAUUUCCAAAUUCGAGGUAUAUAUAGAUCUGUCUGUUCGUUUGAUUUUGCUUUCGAAUUGUAGAUUUUACUUGCUUCUUCCGACUGCUGCCUCCAACUGUGACUGAUCUUCGAGAUCUCGAGAUCGAUUUUCGUUUCUUUCGCUGCCUAUGUAUCUCUCUCCGAUUCUUCUUGAAGACAAGAGAAUGGACGGAGAGAAUGAAGUGAACGACGUCGCCGGUGGACUGGCGGCGGUUGCGACGGAGUAGAAGGCAGGGCCACCGCCUCCGGCCGUACAUAUCGUUUUUUUUUUCUUUUCUUUCUUUUUUUAGGAAUAACGAAGAAGCAAAUUAUAUUAGUAUGACUUUGUGUUAGUUUAAAAAAUGAUAUUAACGUUAAUAGCCGAUUGGUUUCUCAUAUUUGUGAAGUAUUUUUAAAUUUUUCUUUUUUAAUGUUUUUAAUUUUAUC